AUGAUUACCUCUCACAUCGUUCUUUAUAAGCAACACGGAGAACCUAAAGACGUCCUUGAGACUCACUCCUACCAGAUCGACGAAACCAAGAUCGGCAAUGAUCAGGUCAUUGUGAAGACAUUGGCCUCUCCCAUCAAUCCCAGUGAUAUCAACCAGAUCCAGGGUGUAUACCCAUCGAAGCCCAAGCCAACCACCGAAUUUGGAACCACCGAGCCUGCUCUGGUCUGUGGUAACGAAGGCUUGUUCGAGGUGAUUCAUACUGGUGCAGGUGUCAAGGACUUCCAAGUCGGUGACUGGGUCAUCCCUGCUCUGGUGAAUUUGGGUACUUGGAGAACCCACGCAUUGGAGGACUCGUCCAAGUUUAUUAAGCUCAGAAAUCCGGAGCAAUCGAAGGCUGCAGGUAAGCCUCAGGGUUUGACCUACAACCAAGGUGCUACCAUUAGCGUCAAUCCGCUUACUGCCUACUUGAUGUUGACCCACUACGUCAAGCUCACUCCAGGAAAGGACUGGUUUAUCCAAAACGGUGGAAAUUCUGCGGUUGGCCAGUACGCUUCCCAGAUCGGUAAGUUGCUUGGUAUCAAUUCUAUCAGUGUGGUUAGAGAUAGAGACAACUUGCAGGAGUUGGUUGCGGAAUUGGAGGCGAAAGGAGCCACCCAUGUGAUCACCGAAGAACAGAACUCCAGCCGUGAGUACAGCUCCACCAUCAAGGACUGGGUCAAGGAGACUGGUGGAGAAAUUAAAUUGGCAUUCAACUGUGUGGGUGGAAAAAACUCCACUGGUGUAGCACGCAAGUUGGCCAACAAUGGCCUUAUGUUGACCUACGGUGGUAUGUCGUUCCAGCCAGUCAUCUUGCCUACCUCCUUGCACAUCUUCAAGAACAUCACUAGUGCUGGUUUCUGGGUGACUGCGUUGUUGGCCAACAACCAGGAGUUGAAACAGGAAACGUUGGCCAAGAUUGUGGACUGGUAUGAGCAGGGCAAGUUGGUUGAUGCUUCUUCCACCGAAGUCAAGUUCGACGGCGAAAAGAAAUUGAGCGAGUUGUACUUGUCGGGAAUUACUGGCAAGGGGAAGCACUUGGUUACCUACUGA